AUGGCGCGACGACCUCCUUCACCACUGCCGAUAUCAACAGGCGAUGAAGCCACGUUGAGAAGGACAUCUACCGAAGGCUCCAAUCCGAAUGUCUUCAGUGACGAAUAUGCCCUUGACCCUUUCGAAUCUAUAAACGAUCUCAGCCGCACAGCUUCAAUCGACAGUCGACCUGAGCAUCUGACACUGAGCCGCAGUGACAAUGCACAAAGUGGUCCGCGAGAGUAUAUACCUCCAGGGCUUCCUGGGAAGCCAUCGGGUCUCAAUCGUCUUUCCUCCGGAAGGGCGACCCUAACCGACGCAUCCGUCGAUCCUCAUCGAACCCUGUCCCUUUCGUCCCGUUCCAUUGCCGAUACCCAAAGAACACUCAGCACCUCCUCUCGGUUUUCCAUGCCAAGGGCUCAAAGUCCUUACCGCGGACCGACCGCACCGAGUCAGCCAUAUGGCUUAUAUCCCCAGGCUACCCGUGCCUCCAGCAUUGCGAGUGAAUCCACGAUCAGGCCUAUGGAACGCCCAUUCAUCCCUCAAGGUGGUCCUGAACACCCGUAUUCGAUGUACCCUCAAAACACCGUCCCCGAAGAAGUUGAUGAUCCGGAACCACAAGUGGGUCUGGGCUUCCCAGGUCUAGUCCAGGCGUACCAGCCAGCAACGGACUUGCCAGGAAAUGACGUCGGCGAUAUCGUGGGAACAGACGGGCAUAUCGAGCAACUGCCUCCAUACAGUCGAUAUGCGGACAACGUUGUUGCAAAGGGGGACAUGGCCAGGAUCGACACAAACACAUCGCGCGUCAAUGCAGACUCCACCCUCGAGCCUCCUUUGCAGCCUGCUGCGUCUUCUGCCUCAGAAAUGGAACUGACGGCUGUCGGCUCUGAAUCAUCGACAGCAGAGAUUGCAAGAAAGGAAGGAUUAUCCGGAGACAAGAAGAGGAAGACAUGUUUCGGAAUACCGCUUUGGACUCUCAUCAUUCUAGCUGCGGUCAUUGUGUUAGCAGCCGUACUGGGUGGCGUCAUUGGUGGAAUCGUUGGAAAUAAAAAGGGAGCGGACCGAGCUAUUGCCUCAGGUGCAACGACUACCGUCUGGCUGGACGCUGACCCGGCAGAAACGGGUCCUUCGACACCCGCGUGUCCUACGGGCCAUUUCUCAGUCCCUCUAAAUCAAACACAGGAAAUCGACUCUUGUGUUGUUGACAGUACCUAUUCCCAAGUUUGGGGCUGUCUCGACUUUUCCAGGCUGGGAAUCAACUUCUUUGAAAGCGCCAGUGGCGGUCCGCCACUGUCGGUAGUGUUUGAUGACUAUUCCGUAAGGCCUCAACUUUUCAGAUACGGGCCACAGCCCCCGGAUUUCAACGGUACCGCUUUCACCAUGUCACCAUUCAAAGACAAAGAGGACGACGAACUUGGCGUGGCCCUGUUUUUCAGCGUUCUAUUUGAUAAGCUCAAUAUUUUGCCCUCUGCUGCUCUCACUCCGUCGCCUCACGAUAAGCGAUCUGUUGCUGCAACAGCGCUCGUGCGAAGAGACCCCGCGUGGACUGACGAGUACUUGAAUGUUGGCGAUCAGCCUUGGUAUUGCUUCUGGAAUUCCACCAUUAAUGAAUUUUGGGUGUUCUUGAGUCAAGACCUGGACAGUGACGGUAAUGCAUCCACUACAACUAGUAGCAUCACGUCUAUGACUAGCGCAGCCACCACAGCACCGCCUCAUGGGACCUCCGCUUCUCCGCCAACCCUUCAGACCGAAUCACCGAGCCGUGAUUCAGCCUUAACAACGCCAUAUCCCAGCGAGCCAACAGGAACAGGACCAUUGCCGAGCGUGAAACUGCGCAAGCUUCGCCGCGAGGCCUCGACUUCCGGUUCGUACGAUUUUCCGAAGCUGGUCAAGAUGGUGGAGAAGCGUAAACCCGAGAACAACGUACAGCCAUACUGCCAACAAAUGCAAGUGCUCAACAACUGGCAAAUCGUGGCAAUACCAGGCGUGCCCACGAUCCCCAUCGAGGAAAGUGAAUACAGUCCCGCAGCCGCGCCUACUGGCGGGAGCAAAAGGGCCGUGCGCAGACAAUCGUCGGACACCGUUCAACAGCUUGGGUCCAACUGUGUGUGCGAGUGGUUCAGUGUUUAA